AUGGAACACCCAUAUGAAAACGUCACCCGCUAUCUUGGCUGCGUGGUAAAAGACGACCGGGUUACCGGGCUCUGCUUCCAAAAACACGCGGAGACGCUCGGAGACCGCCCGAGGGACGGCCGCUCGGUCGACAAGGAAAGCUGCCUCGAGCAGGUCAGGGCAGGCAUUGAUCAUCUUCAUGCCUUGAAUCUUGUCCACAACAAUCUUUAUCAAGAGAAUGUUAUGUUUGCAGACCGAGAUAUUGAUGCCCUAGCGAUCAUCGAAUUUGAUUAG